CUUCCAUUCAAACAAAACUAAAACCUUUGCUCUGUUUGCCAUAAAGCUCGGAGAGACCGAGAGAGGAAAGUCAUGGCUCAGGAUCAAGUCAACACUGACCUCCAGAUGCCUGGAGAUAAAAUAAAACUUGAGUUGAAGCUCCUGAUGGCCUACACCUACAAGAGACGGCCUACAGACACCCGCCUGCAGCAGAUCAUCCAGCAGAAAGAACACAUUAAAUCAAGGGUGUCCCGCAAAAAGAAGAAGAUCUCAUUCUUGAAGUGCUGUAAACCACAGACGGAUGAUGAUGACGAUCGUCCUGCACCACAGCCUGCGACUCUGCAAGACUGUGUAGAUGUGAAAGUGGCUGAGAUGGAGAAGGUGGCUAGCGUACUGACGGAGAUCUCAGACUCUUUGGACAUCCAGAGUGACAUCGCUGCAGACGGCGAUGAUGAAAAUGGGGAUGUAGUAAAACAGCUGGCAGACAUGCUGCGAACACACGGAGAUGAUCUGGAUAAAAAGAUUAAAGAGAACACAAGGUUGAGUCAAAUACUGCAGUCCUCCUUCGGGUACUCGUUCUUCCAGAAAGUUCUGGAGUCUUUCUGUAGAAGUGUGUCUUCAGAUGUUCCUCCUCCACAGCAGGAAGAUGAGAAGAUGAACGUGGCUCUGAUCUGUGAAGCCACCAGUCUGCUCUCCUCCAUGAGUUUACAUCCCAUGAACCAUGUGCUGGGCUUCGGCGCCCACUACCUGCACGAGAAAUACCCCACAUGGGUCAGCAGAAACAUGCAGCUAAGCAAUGUAAGUGACAAAAACUAA